AUGCUUCUCAAUGCCAAAACCGCAAUCUCCACCUCCAAGGUGCUUCUCGUCCCAUACUCGAAAUGGCAUGUCCCGCGCUACCACGAGUGGAUGAAAGACCCGGAAAUCCAAGAAGCCACGGCCUCUGAACCCCUUUCCUUAGAAGAAGAAUACACCAUGCAACGCAGCUGGCGCCAGGACCCCGACAAACUAACCUUCAUCACCUGUCGCCCCAUCCCCGUCUCCAGAGCGCCAUCGACAUCCCAGGCCACCACACAAGAAGAAGACGACAGUCCCACUAACAUGAUCGGCGACAUCAACCUCUUUCUGCGCGUCGAUGACGGCGAAGAGGGGGACUCGGAACCGCUAAUUGUCGGGGAGAUCGAGCUCAUGGUUGCCGAGAAGGGGAAUCAGAGACAGGGGUUCGGGAGGGCCGCGUUGUUGGCGUUUUUGCGGUAUGUGGUUGACCACGAGGGAGCUAUUUUGGAGGAAUUUGUGGCCGGGGAUGAGCUGGCUAGGGAGGCGAUGGGGAAGAGGAAGAAGGGGGGUGAGGGUGAGGGGUUGAAGUUCUCGUGUUUGAGUGUCAAGAUCGGGCAGGGGAAUGGGAGGAGUUUGGCGCUGUUUGAGAGGGCGUUGUUUCAGAGGGUGACCGAGGAGCCGAAUUAUUUUGGGGAGUUUGAGUUGAGGAGGACGGAUUUGGGGAGGGAAAGUGUGGAUAGGGGGUUGGAGGGUGCUGGGGUUACGGGGUAUGUUGAGUUGGAGUAUGGGAGGUGUGAGUAG